AUGGCAGUAGGCACCUAUUUGCUUAGUAAUUCAAUGCCAACUUGAAUUUGAGAUUUUGAGCCUUCGAGGGUUGUUCAAACCCAGAAGUGGGUAUUGACCAAAAAAAAACCCAGAAGUGGGUUGGUAAACUCUGAUUCAUCCACGACUCGAAUCUGAAGCUCACUUAACAUUCUGCCCAAAGAUUCCAACCUUGGCUUCCAUUUCGCUGCUGAAUAAUGGAUUUGAGUACAAUGGAUCGCGGGCAGUUGACCCUGCUAGGAUCGGCUGGUUGUGUGAUGCUCACAAUGCAUUUCACAGUCCAGUUAUUGUCCCAACAUCUCUUUUACUGGAAGAACCCAAAGGAACAGAAAGCUAUAAUAAUUAUCAUUCUUAUGGCUCCACUAUAUGCAAUUGACUCAUUUGUGGGUUUAUUGGAUAUUCAAGGAAGCAAAGCAGUUUUCAUGCUCUUAGACUCUAUUAAGGAGUGUUACGAGGCUCUGGUGAUUGCUAAGUUCUUGGCUCUAAUGUAUAGUUACCUGAACAUAUCUAUAAGCAAAAAUAUUGUGCCAGACGAAAUCAAAGGAAGAGAAAUCCACCACUCUUUUCCAAUGACUCUUUUUCAGCCUCACACUGUUCGGCUAAACCACCAAACCCUGAAGCUACUCAAAUAUUGGACUUGGCAGUUCGUCGUCAUCCGCCCAGUUUUUUCUGUUUUGAUGAUAACACUACAAGUACUUGGAGUUUAUCCCAGUUGGUUGAGCUGGACCUUCACUAUCAUUCUUAAUGUUUCCGUUUCAUUGGCAUUGUACUCUCUGGUCGUGUUUUACCAUGUGUUUGCAAAGGAACUGGAACCACAUAAACCCCUUGCAAAGUUCAUGUGCAUCAAGGGAAUUGUCUUCUUCUGCUUUUGGCAGGGAGUGGUCCUUGAGAUAUUAGCUGCUAUCGGCAUCAUUCGAUCUCAUCAUUUCUGGUUGGAUGUGGAGCACAUUGAAGAAGCUAUUCAGAAUGUCUUGGUAUGUCUUGAGAUGGUCGUCUUCUCUGUUCUCCAGCAGUAUGCCUACCAUGUUGCACCAUACAGUGGAGACGUCGAAACAAAGAUGAGAUUAAACAAGAAGGAAUGAUUUCAAGAAUGCCAUUCUUUUAUGUAUUAUCUUUAACCUCUCCAUGAUAUCACACGAUAGCCCUGAGACUGGAACUUCAAAACGAGUCGUUUCUAUGUUCCUUUUCUUCCUUCCUACCAUAUACUAAAAAGCAUUUCGUUCAACAAA